GAAUUACUUGAACGGGAAGUGAUAUGUUAAGUCUCACCCAUAAUAUUAGUAGCUUGCAUGGGUCGUUUGGAUAAACAAAACGUAUCAGUAAAGCGUUUUACGGCAUUGUACGCUAUGUCGCCUCGCGUGAACGUUACUAACACACCGCAGCAAUUUUGCCGUUGUCGUUAUCAGCGCGUGUAAACCCGGGCCGUUUAGCGUAACAGCGCCCUGCGGAGCGCAUAAUAAAGGCAUUUGGUCUCUGAUCAAGACGGAACUGACUGUUUGUGCUGCGAAAACAUGGCAGAGUUGCACGUUGAACCCAACCCGACUGGCAUCAUCGAGCAGACCGAGCAUUGUGAAAUCAGAGGCUCAGUGAACGUGAGACUCCCCUCCCCUACUCUGGUGAUUCCGCCCCGGACUGGCUUGUCCAGUCCAGGGGUCUCCAGCUCCAGAGCUGUGUUUGGGUUUCCUAUGAAGAGCAACCCCACUUCCCCAUCACCAGAAGCCACAGAGAAGCCAGGAUCUCGGUGGGUUCGGUUGAAUGUCGGGGGAACGUACUUUAUUACAACGAAACAGACCCUGUGCAGGGAUCCUAAAUCGUUUUUGUAUCGAUUAUGUCAGGACGAUCCAGAUCUGGAUUCGGAUAAGGAUGAGACAGGAGCAUAUUUGAUUGACAGGGAUCCCACAUAUUUCGGACCCAUCUUGAACUACUUGAGGCAUGGAAAGUUGAUCAUCAACAAGAACCUCGCUGAGGAGGGUGUUCUGGAGGAAGCAGAGUUUUACAACAUUGCGUCACUUGUGAGGCUGGUGAAGGAGAGAAUACGAGACAAUGAGAACAGAACGUCUCAGGGCCCUGUGAAGCAUGUGUAUCGUGUAUUACAAUGUCAAGAAGAGGAGCUCACUCAAAUGGUUUCCACCAUGUCAGAUGGAUGGAAGUUUGAACAGCUCAUAAGCAUCGGCUCCUCCUAUAACUAUGGCAACGAGGACCAGGCCGAAUUCCUGUGCGUCGUUUCCCGGGAGCUCAACAACUCCACUAACGGAAUUGUUAUCGAGCCCACUGAGAAGGCUAAGAUCCUUCAGGAGAGGGGGUCCAGGAUGUGAGGAGCCCAGACAGAUCUCCCAUCCCUCACUUCCCUUCUCCAGAUCCUCCUCCACCAUACAGCUGACUUCAAGUUCAUUAGCCCGCCACCCCUCACCUCACCGUCCCCUCCUCCCUUGUGCCUUUCCACUGUGGGGGUUUCAGCCCCCCUCCUCCCUGCAGUGCUGCAACAUUAACCAAUCAGCACCACCCCUAACUAUCACUGCUAUUAUCGACUAAUCGAAAAAUGAGGUCAAACCUCAGAUCAUCUCAUUUGAGGCAAAACUGAUCAGAGAGAGGAUUACAGGGAAGGAUUCAUCAUUCAUCCUAAUGCUUAUUUAUGCAGACUUCAUGAUCAUCAUCCUCCUCAUAUCCCAGUCAUUAUCAUCAUAAUCUUUACAGUUGCUGGCUUUAAAUGUUUAAAGGGGGAUCAGUUGCCCCUGUUGGCUCGACUGCAUCCACAUGACCAUAAUCUCCUCAGGACUUCCAAACGGACUCCAAGACUCCAUCUCUGACAGUCAAUACAGCUUCUAUUAACAAGCGCAUUAUCAGGCAAAUCUGCAUCAUUUCAGCAUUCACUUCCCAUUGCCUGGUCACACCAAGAGCACAGCAGAUGGCGCAAUGGAUAAAUAGAAGACAUCGGCUUUUGAACUUCUUCAGAGUGGCAUGUUUCUUUCGUUAACUACCCCAUUUACUCAUCUGGAAAGGACUAGAGGAGAAGGGAGAACUCAUACUGCCAAUUGUCCGGUCAGAUGCCCAAAAUCACGCGUCCAUCGCUGUGAAGAUGUCUCACAUUUCCAGUUCGCUCCGGUUGAUUUUUGUCAUCCUGGAUUUUUUUUAUUUUAUGCCUUGUCGCUGGAUAUUUCAAAGCAUCAAAACAGGAAAUAAAUAACAAAACAAAGAAAUAUGUGGUUGUAGGGCAUGUGAGGCUUAUGUGUAUUACAAACGUAUGUAUUAUGAAGAGCCCAAAUGCAAGUCAUUGUUAAUAUCUGUACUAUAGUCGUGUUUUUUUUUUUUUUUUUUUUUUUUUUUUGAGGGGGGUGUUUAUCAAGAUGAGUUUCUCUAUUUUAUUGGGGGAGGUUCUGUAUUGAGCCCUAAUGUAAUUUUUGAGAUGUGAAUUUGUUGCGUGGUUCCUUCAAACUUUUUGUCGAUGACUGGAAAAAAACAGGAGAUUUCUUGCAUAGAGCUAUCAAGCCUACAUAGUCCAGGUGGUUCAAGAGACUGUUGUAAGACAAAGUGCCCACAAGUUUUGAGUCAGGGCAAAACUGCAUUAGUGGCUCUUUGUUGCAUCUUUUUUUUUUUUUUAUACACAUUUCUGACAUUUUAGAUUCAGAUAUAUUUCUCCCCGUAACAUUUUGCCUAUUUAACUGUUUAACAAAUUUUUGUUCAACAAAGUCUGAUCACGUCAGUGGAAUGUUUUUAAAUGUAAAGGGCUCCAUUUAUUGUGGAACGUUCUUGUCUUUUCUCCCCCCAAAACUAGUUUAUCACUAGAGGUAAAUCAUUUUAACAUUGAAGCCCAGUCUUUGAAACCAGUUGCCCUUAAAUAAACUUUAUUUCCUGUUUUAUUUUUUUUUAUUUUUUUUUUUUUCAUAAAAACAUGGUUUUUCUGAAUUACUGAGACUAUAUCACACAUUGUCAGUGAUUGAAUGGUAUCCAGGCUGACAUUUGGUUAUUCAUAUCUUUUGAUAAGCUAUUGAAUCUAGGGAUUGGUGUAAGAUGACAUCAUGUGUGUGGACUUUAGGUGACAUUUUUGUGGUCUGCAGUGUUUUAAAGUGUUGUCUCUUCCUAUCUAAAUGGCGUUAAGGAUUUGACCUCUUUAUCGCAGUUUACACUCGUGUCCUUUAGUUCAUCAUAUCAAGAAGGCAUAGUACUUAAGUUUGUGAGCUACAGUAUACUUUAUGUGGUUGUUGGUUUUCCUUUUUUUAAUGUUAAUAUUUUCCCCAAACUGGGGAGAGUUUAUUUGUUCAGCCUCAAAUAUUAACGGGACCUCGACCAUCUCACAGGAUCCUAUUGUACAUUCCCAUUGUUCAAAUAGGCUUCAGGUCUGGUUUCAAAGCAGAGUCCUGGAUUCAAAUCUAGAGGGCACCAUUUAAGUCUCUCUCCAACCCACUUGUUUGUCUGGUGUUGUGCCUUUGACCUGUCGUGCCCUAUGUGUUUUUCACUCUUGGAUUUCUCUCCUUAAAAUGCAGAAUCUUAAAAUUGUAUGGUUUUUUCUUUUUUUUUUUUUUUUUUUUUGACUAAGUCAGUUCUGUUCCUUGACUCAGAUACUGAAUGUACCAAUUUCCCCUGAGGUUAUUGUUCUUGUUUCAGCGGUUCAUCUAUAUUUAGCUUUUUCAUUUCUGCCCCAAUGCACUUUUAAUUUUGCACCUACCUACAUUAUAAUGUUCUCACUGUGUGGAUUUUGUUUCCAGAUUUUGUUCUAUUUUUAGAAUCGAACCCUAUGUUAGGCAUUAGAAAAUGUCAUGUGAGGUCUCAAGUUUUAUUUAAGACGGUUCAGGAAACUGAUAUGAAUGUCACAUUGACUGCUGAUGCUUUACAGCACUUGAGACUUUGAGACUUUUGUCUCGUUUCCUUAAAGAAAUCUGCCAUUCUCCUUUAGGUCUUGUGCCACAUGUUGUUUAAGAUCAAACAAAAAGAUGCUAUUCUGAAAAACCAGGAGGUUGGCGUUUUGGAACGGCAACUUGGAAGCAUGCAAUGUGUUGAGUAUGUAAUGUUAUAUGCUGGGAUAUUGUCAUAUUGUAAAGGUGAAUUGAUGCAUGGACAGUUUACAGAUAGUAUUAAUAACACUUAAGUGGAAAAUCUGGCCCUAUUUGUUUGUUUUGUAGAGAUCACUAAAAUCAAACUUGGAAAACUUGCUUGCUAUGGCAAAAUAUAUUUUGCAACACCCCGUGUAUUUCUAUUUGGUUUAAAAAAAAAAAUUGACUUUCAAUGUUUUCCAGACAGCCAAAAGUGCAGUAUGUCAACAUUUUCAGAUAAGAGUUGAAUUUUAACUUCAACUUUUUAAACAGGAUAGUUUGUUUUUAUCCCUGCCAUGAUAGUUAGUCUACAACAUCUGCAUGCUUUAUUAUACUGUACACAUACAUUUAAACGUGCUGAAAACCUGCUUUUUCAUCAGAUGUUUUUGGGUGUAUUGCAUUGUCAAUAGUAUUGAUGUAAAGUGUCAAAUAUGUCACUAGGCUAUGGAGAUUGUGGAGCUAAGUGUUCUGGAAAUGAAUAGUCUUGAUCAGACUGUCCUUUUCAAUAUUCAUUUUUUGUUUGUUUUUAUUUUUGAAGUUUGUCUUCUGAUGCAGUUUUUUUGCAGUGUACAGAUUGCAAAAUGAUAAUGUUUGAUUUUUAUCAUAAAAUGUGUUUGUGUUUCAGA